AUGGAUGCUGACUGGUGGCCGCAAACCUACUUCGCUUUGAAAUGGAAGUCUACCGAACUGGUCUCAAAUCUCGAAGAUCCCAAGAUCCCGGAAUUUAACGUUUCCAUUCAAUUCAUUUUCCUGAACCGCAAUUUUGAGAAGCGCCUCGAAAGAAUGCAGGCUAUGGGAAAGGGAGGUCUUCCUAUCCAAGGCAAGGAGUAUGCAGAAACGGAGCUGAUCCUAGUGCCAUUUCCGAUACCUCCCACACGACAUGGAACAUUGGUGACUUGGAGGUGGAUGCGUAGCAAGCCCAUCUAUUGGAUCUUCCCAAGAUGGUACACGAUUGCAGGCUUCAAGACUCUUUCAUUCGGGAAGAGGUGUCUCUGGAUGCUUCAGGCCUCUAAGCGACAACACAAAGAGAUUCUCUUGGGCGACUCCGUCUUGAACGACAAAAGAGAGUGGACACUCUUCGGCAUGGCUUACAUUCGGAAGAGAACUCAGCUGCCCAGGCCACAGAGACACGAGAUCCCAGAAAUGGCCCGCGGGCCAGCACCAGCUGGUCCAGAAGACCCGGGUCUUCCGCUGGAUAGUCCGCCAUCUGACGAUGGAAGACCUAGCAAUUUGCGCCUCCAAGAGGCCCGCCGACCUAAUGCAUUCGUCUCCUACGACAUAAGACUUGAACACGAUGCUCUCGAAGCUCUGGAAACUCUCGAUGCGAAGUUCUACAGCCAUUGCCAUUCGCGGACCCUGUCAACCAUCACCGUCGAGUGGUCCCCUCGUCAUUACGGCCGGCGAAGGGCUCACGAUAUCUCCCAAGAAGUCAUGUUGGACUACAAUGUGCGGCCCCCCGCAUACAACUACAUCAGGUCCAACCCCGAUCACGAUUGCGAGUGGGCACAUUUCACCCAGGCGAAGAAGAGCCAUAAGCGAGAGAGGCCAGACAGCAUGUGCUUUGCCGGGAAGAACUGGUCAGCUGGGAACGAGAACGCCCAGUUUUUCACAAUGGGAAGGUUGAACGACAUUGACUGCACUGCCGUAUGUCGAGUCGCAAUGGGACCUAUCGUAUAUGGCGUCGAUGGUCAGGCUAUGUACAUCGCCCCGGUUGAGGGGACUGAAGUCUUAUAG